AAUUAUAAAUGUGUUUGUGUGGCUGUUUGAUCUCAAAGCAAUGCUCAGAAGAGGCAGUGUCUCGAAAUCCCAGAAGAUAAGAUGUUACCACAUGAAAGAUGGUCUCAAUAAAGGGGGAGAGGCGGUGGCCGAGGCCUUAAUUUCCAGAACGAGAAACUGGGGCCCACCCAUCUUUUAAAGGUCGUCAAAAGAAAGCUCCCGUCCUCCCAUCCCCCACACCUGUAUGUUGACUCUGUAAAGAUGCAGUUUCCUCACUUUGGGAGGAGAGGCCGUGGUUUUUGCAGGAAUUGCGCCGCUGCUGAAUUCAGCCAUUGCCUCUUGGAGGUUUAGGAUGCCCCAGGCCUUGUUUUCCCUCAAAGCAUUCCAUUGGCAAUCACAACCAACCAUGCUCCUUGAGGAUUUCUGUACACACUGGCUUUUUCUGGUCUUGUAAAAUGUCGGUUCCAGGACCUUACCAGGCGGCCACCGGGCCUUCCUCAGCACCAUCUGCACCUCCAUCCUAUGAAGAGACAGUGGCUGUUAACAGUUAUUACCCCACACCUCCAGCUCCCAUGCCUGGGCCAACUACGGGGCUUGUGACGGGGCCUGAUGGGAAGGGCAUGAAUCCUCCUUCGUAUUAUACCCAGCCAGCGCCCAUCCCCAAUAACAAUCCAAUUACCGUGCAGACGGUCUACGUGCAGCACCCCAUCACCUUUUUGGACCGCCCUGUCCAAAUGUGUUGUCCUUCCUGCAACAAGAUGAUCGUGAGUCAGCUGUCCUAUAACGCCGGUGCUCUGACCUGGCUGUCCUGCGGGAGCCUGUGUCUGCUGGGGUGCAUAGCGGGCUGCUGCUUCAUCCCCUUCUGCGUGGAUGCCCUGCAGGACGUGGACCAUUACUGUCCCAACUGCAGAGCUCUCCUGGGCACCUACAAGCGUUUGUAGGACUCAGCCAGACGUGGAGGGAGCCGGGUGCCGCAGGAAGUCCUUUCCACCUCUCAUCCAGCUUCACGCCUGGUGGAGGUUCUGCCCUGGUGGUCUCACUUCUCCAGGGGGCCCACCUUCAUGUCUUCUUUUGGGGGGAAUACGUCGCAAAACUAACAAAUCUCCAAACCCCAGAAAUUGCUGCUUGGAGUCGUGCAUAGGACUUGCAAAGACAUUCCCCUUGAGUGUCAGUUCCACGGUUUCCUGCCUCCCUGAGACCCUGAGUCCUGCCAUCUAACUGUGAUCAUUGCCCUAUCCGAAUAUCUUCCUGUGAUCUGCCAUCAGUGGCUCUUUUUUCCUGCUUCCAUGGGCCUUUCUGGUGGCAGUCUCAAACUGAGAAGCCACAGUUGCCUUAUUUUUGAGGCUGUUCUGCCCAGAGCUCGGCUGAACCAGCCUUUAGUGCCUACCAUUAUCUUAUCCGUCUCUUCCCGUCCCUGAUGACAAAGAUCUUGCCUUACAGACUUUACAGGCUUGGCUUUGAGAUUCUGUAACUGCAGACUUCAUUAGCACACAGAUCCACUUUAAUUUCUUAAUUUUUUUUUUUAAAUACAAGGAGGGGGCUAUUAACACCCAGUACAGACAUAUCCACAAGGUCGUAAAUGCAUGCUAGAAAAAUAGGGCUGGAUCUUAUCACUGGCCUGUCUCCCCUUGUUUCUCUGUGCCAGAUCUUCAGUGCCCCUUUCCAUACAAGGAUUUUUUUCUCAUAGAGUAAUUAUAUGAACAGUUUUUAUGACCUCCUUUUGGUCUGAAAUACUUUUGAACAGAAUUUCUUUUUUUAAAAAAAACAGAGAUGGGGUCUUACUAUGUUGCCCAGGCUGGUGUCGAACUCCUGGGCUCAAGCGAUCCUUCUGCCUUGGCCUCCCGAAGUGCUGGGAUUGCAGGCAUAAGCUACCAUGCUGGGCCUGAACAUAAUUUCAAGAGGAGGAUUUAUAAAACCAUUUUCUGUAAUCAAAUGAUUGGUGUCAUUUUCCCAUUUGCCAAUGUAGUCUCACUUAAAAAAAAUAAUAAGAAAAAGAAAUGGAUAAUUUCAUCUACUGCCUUUACUUGGGGUUAAUGUGAUUCUUAAACACCUUCAUCAUGGAACUCUCAGAGUGGGGUCCGUUUUGGUUUCCUGGUGGUGGGUUUUGAAAGAUAAGGGAAAGCACAUUUUGAGCAUGUCUGGGUACCAUGGUGCGGAUGCUUGGGAACCAGAACUGUUUCAGAGGAAUCUAAAGUCUAAUUUUAGUUUUCAGAGACACGGCUUGUUGUAAAACAUGAGAAGACAUGAUUUCUAGGACUCAAGCAGCAAGCCAGGAUUCUAGGUUGGCUGCUGUGUCAUCUUUGAAGUCAAGACAAAGCUGGGCUCGACCUUCAAGGGUCCUCGUUUUGUUAAUAAUUCAGAAUAGGGAACUCAUGUGAAUACUACUAUGUAGAAAUAAAACCUAGACCUUGAGCGAACAUCUGUAUAUUGGUUGAAAAUGAUAGUGGUAACCAUUGAUCCCCCAUCAUUUGAUGUUUGGAAAAUUCCAGUAAUUAUCAUUUUUGCAACGAAUAUGGAUACCACAUAGUACUUUGGUGUUACCUGCUUUUGAAAAAUAAAGUCUUUGGUUCACCCGGUGAA